GAGCCCUUCGACGUCGUGAAAAGCGACCUUGGCAAAGCGAAAGCUCUCAUUCGUCACUCUUCUUACCCCACGAACCCGACCUUGCAACUUGCAACUGGCGACUUGCAAUUGAGAAAAUUCGAGAUGGAGCGAGCACAUCAAGCCCAGUCACACGACCUCCCCAUUUCGGUGCCGACACCACUGGUCGAGACUACCGAUGUCGGUAACCAAGAGGGCAAAGCACUCGCUUCGGGUUCCCUGCGAUCCGAGGACGAAAAGCAUCCUUACAAUAACGAGGCCUAUGUCACGGACCUCGAGGCCUCGCGGUCCCCCUCAGAAGAGCAGGACAAGGACCAGGACAGCGGUGGUAGCCUGAUGAACCGGUUCAAGUCUUUCCGACGUUCUCGGGCUGCCCGCGUCAUAUGGGAUUUCGCUUGGAUCGCCCUCUUGCUCGGAUGGUGGAUCCCUGGUAUCAUCCGGGAGGAAACCAGGCAUUACUGGAUCAUCACGACCGUUUUCACCUGGUUCUUCAUCCUCUUGAUCUUGUUCCACAACAACAAGUACAUCUCGCAAAAGCCGUUCAUCCGCAUCAUCGAGUCUACCUGGGGCUUGGUCUUUGAGAAGCCCUGGAACAUGAUGUCGCACAAGGUCAAACUGAUCGUCAGCUGGGUCGCCCUCCUCGCGCUCUACCUCGGUAGCGCUUUCGGUAUCCCCCCGACCGAAAAGUCACCUUACAAGUGGCGUGCCGUCGGUCUUUGCGGUAUGGUCCUCUUGUACGGAGGUAUCUACCUGACCAGCACCAAUAGGUCCGCCGUCAAGGCCCGAACCACCAUCCUCGGUCUCGGUUUCCAGAUGAUCCUCGGUCUGUUCGUCUUCAAGACGGAUGCCGGUCUAGACCUUUUCACCUGGGUCGCGCUGGCUUGUGCCGACUUUUUGCGACAAGGUGCUCUCGGAGGAGGAACCUUUUUCUGGAGGAGCAUUAUCGACAAUGGUGACUUUGCUACCAACACCUUGUCCAGUAUCAUCUUCUUUGUCGCCUUCGCCACCGCUCUUUACUACAGUGGAGUCAUGUCCUGGGUCCUCAAGAAGUUCGGCUGGCUGUUUUACAAGUCGUUCGGUCUCUCGGGAGCCGAAUCGAUCGUUGCCGCCGCUUCGCCUUUCAUCGGUCAGGGUGAAAACUGUAUCUUGGUCAAACCCUACGUCAAGGACAUGACAGUCUCUGAGUUGCACCAAGCCUUGACUUCUGGUUUCGCCACCAUUGCCGGGAGUGUGUUCAUCGCCUACGUUACGCUCGGGAUUCCAGCCAAGGAUCUCUUGACCUCGUCGUUGAUGUCGAUUCCUGCCGCCAUCGCCCUGUCCAAGAUCGCCGUUCCCGAGACCGAGUCACCCAAGACGUUCGGUAACAUCGAGAUCAACAAGGGAGACGACGAGGACGACAGCUACAACUUGUUGCACUCGUUCUCCAACGGUGCCUGGUUGGGUCUCCGAGUCGCCGGGUUGAUCUUUGCCAACGUGUUGUGUGUCGUCUCGGCCCUUUACGCUUUCAACGGUCUCUUGGCCUGGAUCGGUCAAUUCUGGGGAAUCGCUCGAAGCGGACCCAACUCGCUAUCCCUCGAGCUCAUCUUUGGUUACAUCUUGUACCCCUUGACCUUCAUGCUUGGAGUCCCCCCUGCCGACGUUCUUCAAGUCUCCAAGUUGAUCGCUACCAAGAUCAUUGCCAACGAAUUCGUUGCGUUCGAAUCGCUCGCCACCCAGACCAAGAACGACCCUACCUGGAUCAGCGGACGUGCUCAGCUCAUCGCUUCGUACGCUCUUUGUGGAUUCGGUAACCUCGCUUCUGGAGGUAUCUCGAUCGGUAUCCUGGCCGCAUUGGCUCCCAACCGAAUGGUCGACAUUGUCCGUUUGGCUCCUCGAGCCUUGGUCACCGGUAUCGUUGCCACUCUGUCCACCGCUUGUAUUGCCGGUCUUCUCGGAGACCAGUAGACGCGCACUAGUGGAUAGAAGCAGAAAAAAAGUACUCGACACCCUUCAUAUGACAUAAUAGCACACGCUCUCCCUGUUUCCCCGUCGCUCCCUUUCCACCUGUGUCUCGCGAUCCUCAUGAUCGCUUUCAAUAUUCGAGGGUGUCUUGUUCGAGGUUUCUUUCUCGGUUGUAAUAGGAUAGUUAAAUGGUUGUCAAGUGAUUUUGUAGUCGUCGAGGGCGUCAAAAACAGUCUCCUAUCUUAUCAAUUUGCCAUGUGGAAGCG